CUCCGCACCCUGCUGCCCAAGGCCCGCGCCGGCGCCGCGCCCCGCACCGAGCUCGUGCUCAAAGAUGUUUUGAAUGGAACUGUGACAUUUUUACCAUUGGAAGAAAGUGAUGAUGGGAAAUACCAGCUGAAAAAAUGCAACAUAUAUCAAAUUCAACUUAAACACAUAAAAGAUAAUGAAUGGUCUAUCUCUAUUAUAACUUCAUCUCCAGAAAGCUGGGUUUCAGAUGGAAUUGUGUAUCCCAAAACAACAUGGUUGGGAAAUGAACUGUUGUCCAAACUGGCUAAGUGGUCCCUGGAGCAAAAACAGAGCGAGUUUAAAAGCACACUCUCACUCAUUUCUGUAGCAAAGUACAGCAAGAUUUAUCAAGAACUAAAGGAAAAAUAUAAAGAGAUGGUGAAGGUGUGGCCUGAAGUAACUGAUCCUGAAAAAUUUGUAUACGAAGAUGUUGCCAUUGCUGCAUAUCUUCUUAUCCUUUGGGAGGAGGAGCGAGCAGAAAAAGGCUUGUCUAAGAAACAGUCUUUUGUGGAUCUUGGAUGUGGAAAUGGUUUGCUGGUUCACAUUCUAAGCAGAGAAGGGCAUCCAGGCAAAGGAAUUGAUGUCAGACGAAGAAGAAUAUGGGACAUGUAUGGACCUCAAACACAUUUAGAGGAAUGUGCAGUCAAACCAUGUGGGAGUUACCUGUUUCCAGAUGUUGACUGGCUAAUAGGAAACCAUUCAGAUGAGCUAACACCAUGGAUACCUGUAAUAGCAGCAAGGUCUUCAUAUUCUUGUUGCUACUUUGUACUGCCUUGUUGCUUCUUUGAUUUUCAUGGAAAAUAUAACCGAAGGCAGAGCAAGAAGACACAGUACAGAGAGUAUCUGGAUUUUGUUACACAAGUGGGAUGUGCAUGUGGCUUUAAUGUAGAAGAAGACAGUCUUCGAAUUCCCUCAACAAAAAGGGUAUGCCUAAUUGGCAAGUCCAGAACAUAUCCAUCUACUCAAGAAUCUCUAAUUGAUAAGCAGCGGACACAGUAUAUCAAUAGCCGUCAAUCUUGCACUGUGAUCCCACAGGACAGACGAGUUGGAUCUAAUCACUAUGACAAUCAUAACAUCAAAAAGAGUGCAGGUGACAAAGCAGCAGAUUUGGAAUUUCCUGAAAAUGAGACUAAGAUAGAUGAUAGUGGGAUCUGGCUUUCUGGAUUUCGGCCCAGAGAAAAAGUAGAACAAGUCAGGAACUGUGCUACUCUUCCUCGGGAUUUUGUAGAUGAUGUGGUUCUGGAUGUAGCUAACUUAUUGUUAAGUGCAACCCAAGAAAAACCCUAUAAUAUGCCUGAUGGAAGUCUGAAUACCUGGAAUAAAGGAGAUAGUCUGCCCUUGAGGGAAGUAGCAGAACAUUUGGACAAAGAGACGUUAAAGAGGCUAAAGAGUGAAUAUGGGGGUCUGCAAACACUGCUCAAGAACAAUCAUCAGGUAUUUGAAGUUAUAAAUGGGAGAGUUCAGAUCCGUGACUGGAGAGAAAAGAAGCAGGUGAAGAAAACCACACCAGAAAUCAAACGAAGGCUUUCUGCUGAAGCUUUCAAAACACGCCUCUGUUGGUUUUUCAUUCAUCACCCUGAUGGCUGUUCUUUGACUUCUGAAUCCUGUCCAUAUGCUCAUGGGACUGAGGAGCUGAGACAACCUCAGAUUUUGAAAAAGAUAAAGCAUAUGCAAUAAUAAAGUUCUGUCAGUUUUAAGCUUAACCAGCAUAAACAUCUUUCUGACUAAUUUCAGAGACUGCAUACUACAUGCAGAACUGUAUAAAUUGUUUAUAAUUCUUUUGUACUUAUUUUGUUUAUCCAUUUUGUUAUACAGCCAUCUUUAUUUUUUAAUUUGGGGAUUGUUACAUUGAAAGAAACAGUGGUACGAUAUAUGUAUUUUCUUUAUUUUGGCAACUAAAAAUAUAGAAUUUCCCUUUCUAUUUUU